ACACAGGUGAUUAGAAAGAAAAGCGUUUGGAAACUGAAACUGUGCGAAGCUGUGUCGACUUUGAUGAGAUGGCUUGAAAGACUCACGGGCAGUCACGUUCAGAGAAAAAACUAGAGAAGGUGAAGCCAUGGCCUGUGCCCGAGUGCCACUGGAUGAGCAGCAGGUGACUGAGCCUGGCCCUCUGGGAAAAGAGCGCACACUGCCUGCACUGCACCCAGACAGGAAGGAGGAUCGCUGUUUUGUGCCUUACAAACCCCCGCCAGACGACGGCUCUCCCGCUGAGGUGGAGGAGUUUUUGGAAUAUGCCAGAUUUAUCACAGAGGACCUGGAGUGGCUGCUUUCACUGCCCCACGACAAGUUCUGGUGCCAGGUGGUGUUUGAUGAGUCCCUUCAGAGGUGCCUCGACUCGUACCUGCGUCACGCUCCUCGGAGCCUCGACCUCACUGCCCUGCCGUCCUCCCCGGCGGUGGCUGAGACGCAGCGCUCCAUCCACAGGGCGGUCUUCUUGACUUUCCUGAGGAUGGCUACACAUAAAGAGUCCAAGGAAAACUUCCUCACCCCAGCUGUGUUUGGAGAAAUUAUCUAUGAUAACUUCCUGUUUGACAUUCCCAAAAUUUUGGAUCUGUGUGUGCUCUUUGGAAAGGGCAACAGCCAGCUGCUGCAUAAGAUGAUAGACAACAUCUUUACCCAGCAGCCAUCUUACUACGGUGACCUGGAUGAGACAGUGCCCACUGUGUUACAGGUGUUUGACUCAAUACUUGAUAAGUGUGGUCUUCAGUGUGAAGGAGCCACCGCCAUGGAGCCGAUGAAGCUGAACGCACACAAACAGCCCACUGCCAUGACCAUGAGCCAGCAGGAACUUGCAGAUGUAAUUUUGUACUUGUGUGACUCGACUACCACCAUCCAUGCCUUCCUGGACAUCUUCCCUUCAGCCUGCUCCACCUUCCACUCCCACGGCUUCCUCAGCAGACUGACCUCAUUUUAUGAGACCACUGUGCCUGACCUUGAGAAGGCAGUGAGGAAGAGAAACUUUGAUGAUAAAGGUCUUCAAGAGGACUUGUGGAAGAGGUUGUCCCACUCCUGUCGCAAGAUGGUGGAGAUGGCUCACCUGCUGCUGCACCACACCUGCCUACAACCGAUCCUUGAGGGGACAGAAAACAUGCAAACAUAUGCAGAGGAACUCUUACAACAUUUCACAUCUUUUUUACCUGAAAAAAGGUUCUUGUCAGACUACGAUGAGCAGUUCCCCAUCGCAGACGACAUCAGCCUCCUGCAGCAGGCCCUCCCUGUCAUCGAUGAGACCAGGACGUCCUACCUGCUCCAGGGGGUGGAGGGGGCCUGGGACAGUUUGGGGCGACGGAAGCCACAGAGCCAGAUUCAACCUAAAGCCUCCUCGCUGUUCUUAGCCAAUCAGGGAGCAGUGGGCGGGGCUGCUGCUGCUGCCGCCGCCUCUUCAGCCAGCUUUAAACCUCAGGAGGUCCAAGAACCAGGAGGAGGAGAGAGUCUGAGGGGAGCAGAGGCCAUGUUAGAUGUUCCCCGAAAAGGAAACAAUGGUGCAGUGUGCCCGGUGAGCGGCGCGGAGCUGGAGUCUCUGCUGUCCUGUAUCAGGGACCUGCUGCCUGAUUUGGGCGAAGGCUUCCUGCUGGCCUGUCUGGAGGAGUACGACUACAACUCUGAGCUGGUUAUCAACAACAUCCUGGAGGACCGGUUAGCCCCCAGCCUGGACAAACUGGACCGAGCCAUGCCAAGGCCAGUGAAGGAGGAGCUUCCCUGUGUUCUGGACAGCAGGUCCAAUGUGUUUGAUGACGACGAGUUUGACGUCUUCCGCAGGGACCAGGUGGAUAUGUCCCGCAUCUGGAAGGGCAGGAGGAAAGGUGAGAGCGCUCGAGAGAUGCUGAACGACAAGCAGCACAUAGCGGAGCAGAGAGCUCGUUACCAGGCCUACGAGACGGUGGUGGACGAGGUCGUUAUUGAGCCUGGGGAGACUGCAGCCACCUACGGCCUGGACGACUACGACGACGAGUACGACGACACCUACGACAUGAACCAAGUGGGAGCUAAUGACCUGGAUGGAGACAGUUUACUGAACAGAAGGCCUUUCACGGUCCCACAGGUACUGAGAAAAGGAAACAAACCGGAGGAGGAGGAGGAGGAAGACGAAGAGGAGGAAGAGACCGUACAGAACAAUGUAAACAGGGACCAGUUUGUGCAGGACCCGGCUGUACUAAGGGAGAGAGCUGAAGCUAGAAGAGCUGCCAUGCAGCAAAGGAAAGGCUUCCGACCGGAGCGCCCCAGUAACGUUGUCGGCCAGCCCAAAGGUCAAGGACAAACCCUGGAGACAUUCCUGGACCGACGCAGGAAGGAGGCCAACAAGAGCCGCGUAUCCAACCACAACCGGCGCACCAUGGCCGACCGCAAGAGGAACAAAGGCAUGAUCCCCUCCUGACCUGUGUGACGGCCUGCUGCUGGAACCCACCGACUGGACCGAUGGGAGGAAGGUGGAGGAAGUGCGUGAAUGAGUGAGAGGGAAGAAGAAUCAGGUUCUGGUGUUGUUCUGGGUUCGUGGUUGUGAGUUUUCAUCACGCUCCACCCCUGAAGUCACUGUCUUUGCUGGAGAAGGGAAGGUUGUCGAAGGUUUUCAGUUGAAUUAGUUUAGACUUUCUUUGGCACUUUUGUUAUCAGAAGUUGUCGAGCAGCACAUUGAAACGUUUGAGACUCUGAACAUCAGCUUUUAGUCUUUGAGCCUAAAGGAAGUCAGGUCAGUUCUUUGGCCGUAAUGAUUCUGUUUUUAUAGCUGGUUAAAAACCAAAGUUCUGAGUGUGAACCAGAGACUGAGGACAAAGAAUAAGACCUCUGUUUUUGCCAAGUAACAAAUCAGUUUAUUAUUAAGAUCCAGAGUGGUUGAAGUUUCUUUGACAUCAUCAAGUAGACAACAUAGGAAUACAAAGGAUGAGAUUUCCAGGGUUUUAGAGAGAUUGCAGUUCCUUCUGUAGCUGGAAGAACAAUUACUGUGUUGCUCUUACUGCUCGCUCUGUACGAGCAGCUUGUGUGAAAGCUGUUUGCAUGUAACGUUAAAGUGCAUGCAUUUGAUGUCAUCCACUCAGUUCACACCACUGUUGUCCAGCCUUCACAAAACCAAAACAACAACAACAAACAAAAAAAAAAAAAAGUCCAGAGACCAUCUCAUUCUGAUGCUGUGGUGUUUGCGUUUGGAAGCACGUGCUGUACAGAGCGGCCUCGUGUCUCUCAGAACAGCUGUAGGGAAAGUUCCUACAUGUUGCCAUGCACAGACUAUUUUCUAUCAAAGAGAACAGAUCUAUUGGAGCAUUUUGUAACAAAAAAAAGCACAUGUGAUAGCUUUUUGGAAGUUGACAUUGCAUAAAUCAUAAAAUAAAUAUAAUAAUACUAUGU